GCCUUGUUGCAAGGGGUUGGAUGCGGUUAUUACAUUAGGUUACAUAUAUGCACACAUGCAUGGCUGCACACACCCUCGCUCGUACAUAGACCAAUGCCAGUAACACAGACGGCGCCGACUGUUCGGAGAAGAGCUCAAUUGCUCACGAUUCCACUCGGGCUUAGCCAUGUGCUAGGUAAGUCGCUAUUAUUAUUAUUAGUCGACAAAACACUUUUAUCAUCUGCUGCUGCUAGUCUCUCGAGGCCGCGCGCCAAGCCCAGUAUAUACGCCACCAGAAGCACCGCGUUAGAUACCUGAUGGCCUGGCUUCAGUAGUUUGCCGUACCAAGUCCUCUCUAUUGAUCGAGCAUCUCCUUGUUUCUUCUUCUCUUCUUCUUCCUCUUCUCUCACUCCCUCCCUCUCCUACUUACUUUACCUACGUACAUACCUCCUUCUCCUCUUCCUUCUUCCCUUCCCUCCCCCCCCCCCUCCUUCGGCGACUCUCGCUUGUCCCGAGGUCCUGGUUUGCUGCUUGCACCAACUUGUCCAAGCAGCUACUUACCCAAACCAACCACCCCUCCCCACAUACCCAUCGCCCUCCUGGUUUGUGGCAUCUCCAACACCACUUCUCCCACCGAGCAGCAGAGCCUGUCUCUCCUGUCCUCCCCAUUUCCUCAGCACCGCACCGGAACCAGGAGGCCUGCAGGCGGGGAGCUAGCCAGCUAGCUGUACACCGAGACCUAGACCACCGUCUUGCUGCUGUACCCAAAAGUACCCAGUACUACCUACCUACCUACCUACCUAGCGAUACACUCACUCUGCCUCUGCCUCCUCUCCUCCGCUGACCGCCGCCAUCACCACCACCAUGGAUACCCAGUCCGCCAUACCGUCCCCCUCCUUCGUCCUCGCUGCCCACGACUCGCAUCAUUCCACCGCCGAUCGCCUCCGUCCGGUCGUCCAAUUCAUCCAAUACGCAAACCCAGUCUUUUUGUUGCUCUUCUUCCUCGUCGCCUUCACCGUCCGAAGCAUUGUAUCCUCUACCUCUAAUCGUAAUGUCGAAACACCAACCACCACAGGCCCUGGCGGCAAACCCCUCCCCGCUACCGACCCGACUCGCAAUUUUGUCAAAGAUCAGGCACAUGACGAUGUGACCCAUACCCAGAAGCUGGUUUUUGCUUGGUUGUCCGUCUUCGCCGCAUUGACCUUCAUCGCCAAUGCCGCACUCACCAUCAUCCACGCCAUCAUCGCCCGCAGCGACCAUUGGUGGUCCGGCAGAGCCGUUGUGAUUUACCUCGUCGGUUCCUUCUUCGUCUACUGUCUGUUCAUCAUCUCGCUGCUUGAUUCGAAGCCCUCGCCCACAGCCGCCAACCUUGCGACAUGGAUCGUCGCCACGGCCAUCGAGAUUGUGCUGGCCACACUUUCCAUCGCGAUUUAUACGCAUAUCCACAAACAGCCCUCCGCUCGCCACCCCGCAAAUGACAAGGAGCACCUGAGCUUCGGCAUGACCGGCUGGGAGGCUGGGGAAAUCGCCCUCGACUGUUUGCGCAUAGCCAUUCUUCUGCUAUUGAUCGGCCUCUACCUUGUGUUGGUCACCUUGCCUCAAUGGAGAAGAGCGCAAGAAGCGGGCAGCUCGAGUGAGACCACCUCGCUUCUCGGCGGCUCAGGGCAGCCCGGACAUGCCGAAAAUGGAAACGGUCACGCGAACGGCUCAUAUGGUUCAAUAAACAAUCACGCUAAUGGCAAACCACCAAACACUGGAGAAGCACCGCCUGCCUGGAGUAGACCUACUGGCGCUCCAUCGCGCAGCUGGUGGGAAUACCUCAAAGGCUACCGCGUCUUUUUCCCUUAUUUGUGGCCUUCCAAGGAUCGCCGCCUGCAGAUCCUAGUCAUUGUCUGCUUCCUGAUCGUCUUGGUCCAACGUUUUAUUAAUCUUUUGGUCCCCAAACAGAUCGGUAAACUCGUCAAGGCGCUGUCGGACCCAACCGAGGGCGGAAGCCCAUCAAAACAGAUCGUCAUCUACAUCUUUCUUCGCUUCAUCCAAGGCAACAAUGGGCUGCUCGGGGCCAUGCGCUCCGUUCUUUGGAUCCCUGUUAGCCAAUAUUCGUACCGCGAAUUGUCGGUGGCGGCAUUUGAACACGUGCACAGCCUCAGCCUCGAUUUCCAUCUUGGCAAAAAGACCGGCGAAGUUCUAUCAGCCCUGGGAAAGGGGAGUUCCGUCAACACCUUCCUGGAGCAGGUGACCUUUCAGGUGGCUCCGAUGCUUCUCGAUCUCGCUGUUGCCGUCGGCUACUUUUUGGUCGACUACGACGCUUAUUAUGCGCUUGUCCUGUCAAUAGUCACGUUCUGGUACAUCUAUCUGACCAUCCGCAUGGCCCAAUGGAGAGCCGAAAUUCGCCGAGAAAUGGUCAAUGCGGAUCGAGACUCGGACGCGGUCAAGAACGAUUCUAUGGUCUCCUACGAAACUGUCAAGUACUUCAAUGCGGAGGCAUAUGAAUUCAACCGCUACCGCAACGCGGUCAAGAAGUUCCAAGUCGCCGAGCAUCAGGUUAAUUUCUCGCUAAAUCUCAUGAAUGUCAGCCAGAACACCGUGUUUAUGCUCGGCCUGCUGGUCACUUGCUUCAUCGCUGCUUACCAGGUCACCACUGGUGAGAUGGGUGUUGACAAAUUCGUCGAACUGGUCACGUACAUGGGUCAGCUUCAGGCCCCCCUCAAUUUCUUCGGUACAUUUUACCGCAUGAUCCAGUCUGCGAUGAUCAACUCCGAAAGGAUGCUCGAACUGUUUAAGGAGCAGCCCACAGUAGUAGACACUCCUCACGCCGAACAGCUUCUUUCUUGUCAAGGCCAUUUGCGGUUCAACGAUGUGCAUUUUGCCUACGAUGACCGAAAGCCUGCUUUACAGGGAUUAGAUUUCGACUGUCCGCCGGGAACUACCACGGCUUUUGUAGGUGAGUCAGGUGGAGGAAAGUCGACAGUGUUUCGUCUUCUUUACCGAUUCUACAACAUCAUGUCGGGCAGCAUUCAACUUGAUGGGUACGACGUAGAAGACCUCACAAUCGACUCGGUGAGAAGCCACAUUGGCGUCGUCCCGCAAGAUACGGUAUUGUUCAACGAAACCAUCAUGUAUAAUCUGAAAUACGCAAACCAAGAUGCAAGCGACGAAGACGUGUAUGAAGCCUGCCGUGCGGCCAGCAUCCACGACAAAAUCAUGUCCUUUCCAGAUCAAUAUGCGACCAAGGUUGGAGACCGUGGUCUCCGUCUCUCCGGGGGCGAGAAGCAGCGUGUAGCCAUCGCGCGUACCAUAUUGAAGAAUCCGCGCAUCAUCAUGCUGGAUGAAGCAACUGCUGCCCUGGAUACCGAGACUGAGCAGCACAUCCAGGAAGCCUUUACGACGCUUGCCGAAGGCCGCACGAUGCUUAUCAUUGCGCAUCGUUUGAGUACCGUCACGCAUGCCGACCAGAUCUUGGUGCUAAAUAAAGGCAAAGUGGUCGAGCGCGGCACACACGAGGAUCUAUUGGAGAGAAACGGACAAUAUGCUUCCAUGUGGAAGAAACAGAUUAGGGCGCAGAGGGCAGCUGAACAAGCUCGGGUGCUCAAAGACAAGGCUGAACGGCUGCGUCGAGCUUCCAAGGACGGUACCACGAUCGACGAUGAGAGCAGCAGCCACUCCAACUCGUCAUCAGAUGACGAACGAAUCAAGAGAUAUAAAGCUGCAGCAAGGGAACACCACGAAGAUACAACCAACGGCAAACCCCACGGCCACCCCUGA